UCUCGCCAUCACUUGUCAGAAAAUAAUAACAACACACCAAAUUGAAUCCAAAAAUUUGCGAAAUAGUUUGUGCACAACAAAAACAAUAUCACAAAUUUUGAGUCUUUGAAAAACCAAUUCGUUCUCUAGUUUACAUCCAUCAAGGUGUCAUUAAUUUGGGCAAUUGAAGACGUGUGCGACCUUCGACAGGAAAUUGUUACGUUGCAGACACAAUUGGACGGACUUUUGGAGGGGGCGAGGAUAAAAUUGGGAAAGAUCAAGUCAAACCUGGAGAAAGAGUCACGGCGAAUCAGUCAGAGAAAUUCUAAUCUUAAAAGAGCACAACUCAUUGAAACGGAGAUCAUAGAUGAGUUUAAUAAUGAUUCCGUACGAGAUACGAUAACUUCUAAUGAUGACGUGGAAAUUAAGGAAGAGGGUGACAAUUUGUGUGACAUGGAUGAUGCCGAAAUAAUUCCAGAUUCGGUGGAAUUGAUGGAAAUGCACUCAUCAAGUAGUGGAACCAAUGAUGAUAACAAAUUGCCAAAUAAUACGACAGAGUAAGACCAAAUAUAAACUGAGGAUGGAGUGCGCUUAAUAUGCUGGGACUUGGGAGUCCUCAUUGUCAAAUCUUGGACAAUCGUUAGCGUUACCCAAAAAAAUAAGCCAUGUUUGCAAUAUAAAAAUUAUUCCUACAUCUCAUAUAAGAAACGUGGUCUUCGUGAGUAUUGGAAAUGUAGGACGACGAAAUGUACCGGCCGGCUUAUCAAAAGUAUUACCAACAAAAGUAGCGACGCCAUGAUUAUUUCAAAAGAACAUACUUGUAUGAGAUCUGCAAUUGAAGUACAAGUUGACAAUCUAAGGGAAGAACUGAAAGCAGAAGCACUUAAAAAUCCUCACAUCGGUCCAACUAAAAUUGUUUCUACUGUGAAAGCUAAAUAUUCCACAGAAGUAGUUCAGGCCUUACCUAGCGAUGAAACACUUCUGUCAAGUAUUCGACGAACGAGAAGGACCUGUGCUGUUAAUGAGCUGAGUAGUAGAGAAGGAAUUUUGUGAACGGAGCAGCAGAAAACUUGAGUUGAGCAACAAAUGGCGUCAAUACCACAGCCCAGAGGUGACGGUGGUGCUUGUUUUAUCUGCGGAUUACCGGACCUCGCCUCGGAAGCGCAGCCGCGUCGUCGCUACGCCAAAUUGACGACACUCUUUAAGACUUUGUUGAUGACGACGGACUUGCAGAAAAACCUGGCCGACUCGGUCUACGCCGACUUUACGACAAAUAUUGAAUCCUGUACCAACUGUCUAACAACGAUUAGGGAUGUUUAUGACCUCCGGCAGGAAAUUAUUAUCCUUCAAGCACAAUUGGACGUUCUUUUGGAGGGGGCGAGGAUUAAAUUGGGAAGGAUCCAGCCAAACCUUGAGCAAAAAGGGUCACGACGAACCAGUCAGAGAAAUUCUAAUCUAAAAAGAGCAAAACUCAUAGAAGUGGAAGGUGUAAAAGAAUUUAAUAACGAUUCCAUACGAGAAACGAUAACUUCUAAUGACGACGUCGAGAUUAAGGAAGAGCAUGACGAUUUGUUUGACAUGGAUGAUGCUGAAAUAAUUCCAGAUUCUGUGGACUUUAGGGAAAUGCACUCAUCAAGCAGUGAGGCUAAUGAUGAUAACAAAUUGCCAAAUAAUAUAACAGAGUCUGAAUCUGAAGAUUACGACGAAGACCCCGACUAUAAUCCCCCCACGCCUGAAAAUGUGCCAUUUAAUGUUGUUGCUACCCAAAGGAACAAGCCAUGUUUACAAUAUCAAAAUUAUUCAUACACCUCGUCCAAGAAGCGUGGUCUUCGAGAGUAUUGGAGAUGUAGAACGAGAAAAUGUACCGGCCGUCUUAUCAAAAGUAUUAACAACACGAGUGCUGACGCCAUGAUUAUUUCAAAAGAACAUAAUUGUAUGAGAUCGGCAAUCGAAGUUCAAGUUGAAAAUCUAAGGGAAGAACUAAAGGCAGAAGCACUUAAAAAUCCCCUCGUCGGUCCAAGGAAAAUUAUUUCGACUGUGAAAGCCAAGUAUUCCGCAGAAGUAGUUCAGGCCUUACAUAGCGAUGAAACCCUUCUGUCAAGUUUACGACGAAUGAGAAGAACUUGUGGUGCAAACGAUCCUAAAAGUAGAGAAGGAAAUAAGGAAGACGGUGACAAUUUGUUUGACAUGGAUGAUGCUGAAAUAAUUCCGGAUUCGAUUGAAUUUAUUGAAACGCACCCAUCAAUCAAUGAAGCUAAUGAGGAUAAAAAAUUGCGAAAUGAUACGACAGAAUCUGGAGAUGAGGAAGAAGAUCCCACCACGCCUGAAAAUAUGUCAUUUAAUAUUAGUCUCACCCAAAGGAAUAAGCCUUGUUUACAAUAUAAAAAUUAUUCAUACACCUUGGAGAAGGGUGUGAAAGGCGGUCUUCGCGAGUAUUGGAAAUGUAGGAAGAGAAAAUGUGCCGGCCGCCUUAUCAAAAGUACUAGCGAAACGGGUAGCGACACCUUGACUGUUUCAAAAAAACAUAAUUGUAUGAAAUCGUCAUUCGAAGUUCAAGUUGACAAUCUAAGGAACGAGCUGAAAGCAGAAGCACUUAAAAAUCCUCACAUCGGUCCAACUAAAAUUGUUUCGACUGUGAAAGCCAAGUAUUCCGCAGAAGUUAUUCAAGCCUUACCAGAUGAUGAAACCCUUUUCAGAAAUAUUCGACGAAUGAGAAAAUCAUGUGCUGUAAACGAUCGUAAUAAUGGAGAAGAAAUUUCUUGAGUAAACGGAGCAGCAGAAAGCCUAGUUGAAUUAUAAAUUCAAUUCUUUCUAUUUUUCUGAACCAAGUCAGUUAAAUUGUGUACAAAAUAAGACUUAACUAUGAUAACUGAAUAAAAUUUAAACUGAAGCCUUCGGAA